CCCUAAAACCUUGAGCGGCCUCCUCACAAUUCUCAGACCUGAAAUCUCAGUGUUGGAUCCGAAACGCAAUCACUCUGAAGAAUUUGUUGCAUUGCUCUCCAAAUUACAAGAGCAAUGAUGAGAAUAAAAACCCCGAAAAAUGGCAGAAUCAAGAGGGAGCUUGAAAAACGCGCCCCCAAACUCGUGGAAACGGGGAAGAAGACGCUUAUACUUCACGGAACUAAAACGAGCAGUGUUUUGAAUUCAGUGUUAACAGAAAUUCAUCAUUUGAAGAAGGAUAAUUCCAUCAAGUACUCGAGAAGGAAUGACAAAAUUAGACCUUUUGAGAGUGGCGGCGAAACUUCUCUCGAGUUCUUCUCUCAAAAGACAGAUUGCAGCCUCUUUUUGUUUGCUUCUCACACUAAGAAGCGACCAAACAAUCUCGUACUUGGACGAUUCUAUGACCACCAUAUAUAUGAUCUUGUAGAGGUUGGCAUUGAGAAUUUCAGAAGCAUGGGGUCUUUUUCGUAUGAUAAGAAGUUGGCUCCACAAUUGGGGUCUAAGCCCUUUUUUGCUUUCAUCGGAGAAGCUUUUGAGAGUGUCGAUGAGCUCAAACACCUUAAAGAAGUCUUGCUUGAUCUAUUUCGUGGAGAAGUAAUCACAAACUUGAACCUGGCUGGACUAGAUCGUGUUUAUGUGUGCACAGCUUUGUCAUCAAACAGAAUAUUUUUCUCUCAUUUUGCUUUACGCCUUAAAAAAUCUGGCACCAAAGUUCCAAGGAUGGAGCUUGUUGAGGUUGGCCCCUCUAUGGACAUGGUUGUUCGUAGGCACCGUCAACCUGAUGACAGCCUCAGAAAAGAAGCAAUGAAAAUGGCACCUGAUUCGACAAAGAAAAAGGAGAAGAACGUUGUCAAGGAUGAUAUACUAGGGAAACUCGGAAAGAUUUAUAUUCCAGACCAGAAGGUUGGGAGUGUGCCACUUGCUGACAAAUCAAAGGGAGUGAAGAGGGAGCGACGGGAAGCUAAGGCGGCGAAGGGUGACAGGGACAAACCUACUACACCGAAGAAGCAAAAGAAAGAGGAUUCAGAAUAAUUUUGUUUUAUUCUUUUACCAAGCAUGCUACAGUUCUGAUGAAUGGGUUGUAUCUUGUAUGAUUUGCGUGUGGAAUCAUUUUUGAGCCAGAUAUGAUUUCAUAUAAUAUCAGGUUCUUAGUUAACUUUAUUGUGGGAUGUUCCAUGACUUUUUUGUACUAUGUAGAGGGUUAUGUUCUGAUGACAAAAUAUGUUUUUGUUGCA